UUAUUGUUUUCCACCCACUUCCAAGUCGAUACUAUCUGCCGUCUCAUGUCCAUCCUAUAGCCUAUAUAAGCGGCUGCGCUGGGGCUGGCGGCGAUGGAGUAGUCUGUGGAUACGGCGGCAGCGCAGGGACGGGAGGGGGGCGGGCGGGCCAGCCGCGGAAAACUUGGACUCCCCGCCGUUCGUGGGCUGCUGCCGUCCGGGGAGAGGCGGGGGAGCGGCUCCCGGGGGGAAGAUACCUCGGCUUCUGGGACGGAGACACAGUGAAAUAGGAGGCCUCCCACAGCAGCGGAUCCGUCCUUCUCACCUGCUUGUGCACCCUUCGGGUCAGACUGCAAUGAGUGGACUGAGGUCUCCUGGACUGCUGGGGCUGGUGCUCUUAAUGCUCUCAGCAGGAUAUUGCAAAGAGAAGACUGACUCCGCAGAUUUGAAGGACAGGCAAAGUCUCUUAAAUCUCAUCAUGGAGAUCAUUCAGGAACUGAAAAGGUACCACCUGGAGAAGGACAGUGGGGUGCAGUACUUCUCCAAGCACGACUAUAACUUGGAUCGAAGGGAAGUGACUGACUACGGAGGAUACCAGGAUGAGCAGAGAGUUGAAAUAGUUCCCAGAGAUCUGAGGAUGAAAGACAAGUUCUUGAAGCAUUUAACAGGUCCACUCUACUUUAGCCCAAAAUGUAGUAAACACUUUCAUCGGCUUUAUCACAAUACAAGGGACUGCACUAUCCCAGCAUACUAUAAAAGAUGUGCCAGGCUCCUCACUCGAUUGGCAGUAAGCCCGAUGUGCAUGGAAGGAUAAAGAUGUUAUCACCAUGAAAAGAAACACCAAGAACCAAGAGAAGUGCCUUGGAAACCAACAGGGAAAUAUAACUUAUUACCUUUAUAACAUAUUCCAUUGUGAACAAGAGAUUUAUUUUUGCAGAUUGACAGACUACUUCCCAUAAUUCUUUUAACAUGCAUUUUGUAUGUCGUCAACAGUUUGCAGAUUGACAUUCUUUACAGUAGCAUAACUGCCAGUAGUACUUAAUGCUCCAUAUUUAAAAACACACAACUGAUGUGUAAUGCUGCCAAAAAUAUGUAAACACAAAUAUUUCACCAAGAAGAUUGUUGUUCUAUUGCUUAAUUCUACAAUUUUAAGGAAUGUUUGUUUGUAUAUCUAGAACUACUAAAAAUCUGCUCCACAGUAGUUGUGGUCACUUGAUAUCCUUCACGCUUAUGCAAUUUUUUAAAAGUUUGGUUAAAACAGACUUGCAUCGGGGUCACAUUGUACCCUACGAGUACAAAUUGCAUGACAAACAGGAACGCAAUUCCAAGUAUACACAUUUUUUUGGACAGUGGAGCAUGGAUUUUGUACACAAACACAAGCUGCCAUUAAUUUACUUUAUAUAAUAAAUGUAUCAAACAUUCCAGCGAACGUGCAAUAUGUAAAUACUGUAAAUAACAAGCAUAAGUAAUAAAGUGUUUGGUAUUAAGUUGUC